GAUCCCUGAGUCCUAUUCAGCCCUAGCGGAGGCAAAGGACGUGCUUCCCAGGAGCCGGCUGGGCCACCGCGAGCCGGGAGGAUGAAGGUUCUGUGGGCCGUGCUGGUGGUCGCGCUCCUGGCAGGAUGCCAGGCCGAUGUGGAGCCAGAGUUAGCGCCCGAGGAGGUGCCGCUGAAGCCCGAGCAGGGCAGGUGGCAGGGCGGCCAGGCGUGGGAGGUGGCGCUGGGCCGCUUCUGGGAUUACCUGCGCUGGGUGCAGACACUGUCUGACCAGGUGCAGCAGGACCUGCUCAACUCUCGGGUCACCCAGGAACUGGGGGAACUGAGGGAGGAGACCAUGCGGGAAGUGAAGGCCUACAUGUCCGAGGUGGAAGAGCAGCUGGGCCCUGUGGCCCAGGAGACGCAGGCGCGCCUGACCAAGGAGCUGCAGGCGGCGCAGUCCCGGCUGGAGACCGACAUGGAGGACGUGCGCAGCCGCCUGGUGCAAUACCGCAACGACGUGCAGGCCAUGCUGGGCCAGAGCACCGAGGAGCUCCGGGGCCGCCUGGCCUCGCACCUGCGCAAGCUGCGCAAGCGGCUGCUCCGCGACGCCGAGGACCUGCAGAAGCGCCUGGCGGUGUACCGCUCCGGGGCUAGCGAGGGUGCCGAGCGGGGCGUCGGCCCCCUCCGCGAGCGUCUGGGGCUGCUGGUGGAGCAGGGCCGCUUGCGGGCCAACAACGUGGGCACCCUGGCCACCCAGCAGCUGCGAGGGCGCCUGGAGGAGGUGGGCAACCGGCUGGAGGAGGUGGGCAACCGUGCCCGGGACCGACUGGAGGAGGUGCGGGAGCAGGUGGAGGAGGUGCGGGCCAAGGUGGAGGAGCAGGCCAAUCAGAUGCGGCUGCAGGCCGAGGCCUUCCAUGCCCGCCUCAAGGGCUGGUUCGAGCCCCUGGUGCAAGACAUGCAGCGCCAGUGGGCCGGGCUGGUGGAGAAGCUGCAGCUGGCCGUGGGCCCCAGCCCCACCACUGUGCCCAGCGAGAACCAGUGAGCCCCGCCCUUGCGUGCCUGAUGGGCUCCACUCCUGCCCUGUGCUGCCCACCUCUCCCCAGCCUGCAGGAGGCCCCGCCCGCCGCGCCCAGGUGGGCCCUAGCUCAAUAAAGAUUCAUCAAGCUUCACAGCCGAGUCGUCCAUCAUUUCCU